AUGAAAAAUGGCUCUCUACACGACUUACCUGUGGUGAAACUUCUAGGUCAUUUUAAACAUAUGCCUAACAUCUGUAUGACGAAUGCAUGUAUGACUUAUAGGUGUGAAAAGUUUCUGUGGUUAUUACCUGCCAUAGAUGUCCAGCAGUAAUAGUAAACACAGAGAUUGCUGUGUGUGGCAGUAAAGUUAUUUUGAGCGCUCUAUGAAAAGGGCACUUGCUGUUUGUUUGUGUUUUUCCAGCAACUAAAUGCACAGGCUGUGGACCUGGCUACAAAAGCCCUCUGGAUGCCAUGAAAGGUGAGUGUCAUUUUCUGGAAAACACAAGCUUAGCUCAACCCAUGUGUUUUAGGGGGGAUUGACAUUAAGAUCUAAAUGGCACUUGCCCAUCGGACAAGUCGGGAUAAUUUUUUGGUUGCCUGAGAGUUUGUCAGUUGCAUGAAAAUGUUGUUUACACGCACAAAUUCCAUAAUUUGUCUGUCUUUUACUUCAACAUUGGGAGGAACCAGACAUACCCGUUUUAGGCUACUGGAAUUAUUUGUGGUUUGAUUCACUGCGCUUUGUGUUUUGGUUGUAUUCAGUAUAAAAAAAUCACCUCCCCUAAUGGGGAAACCACAGAGCAGGCUCAACUUACCCGACUGGUCAGUUGACUGGGAAAUAGUGCAACCCUUAAUAUCAAUCCCUCUUUGGGGUUUGCGGAUGUCAUGGUUCUUGCCCUUGUGGUCAGGGAGGAGUGAAUGACAGUAGUGCCUCCUGAAACGGGGAUCUUGUUUUUGAAGGUCCACGUGAGGAGAUUGUGUAUCUGCCCUGCAUUUAUCGCAACACCGACAUCCAGAAACCAGACUACCUUGCCACUGUCGAUGUGGACCCCAAGUCUCCCACUUAUUCUCAGGUACUUCUGAUUUAUAUCAAUCAACCACUGCCUUGUUUUUGAUUUUCACACCUGUCUUCAUUAGUCAGAGUGGUCGGUAGUUGAAACACUGAAGAGACAACGGUAUUAUCCAUGAUGACCUUUGACCAUAGGUUGUGGAUUAAAGAGUGACCUGGUAAUGUCUGUGCCUACAGGUCAUCCACAGGCUGCCCAUGCCCAACAUGAAUGACGAGCUACACCACUCUGGUUGGAACGCCUGCAGCAGCUGUUUUGGUGACUCAUCCAAGAAGCGCAACCGACUUAUCCUGCCCUCGCUCAUCUCCUCCCGGGUCUAUGUAGUGGACACUGGAACAGACCCCCGUGCACCACAGAUGCACAAGGUAAAGGGUCACCCUUCUACAGCGGGUGAUGGGUUACAGUGAUACUACAGUACUUGGUGACCAUGUUGCACAGCUAAGGUUAUGCAACUUCUUUUUAAUAUUUCACUAUCUUAUAUUUAAGCAAUAAGGCACGAGGGGGUGUGGUAUAUGGCCAAUAUACCAUGGCUAAGGGUUGUUCUUAUGCACGACGCAAUGUGGUGUGCCUGGACACAGCCCUUAGCCGUGGUAUAUUGGCCAUAUACCACAAACCCCGAGGUGCCUUAUUGCUAUUUAUAAACGGGUUACCAACUUAAUUAGAGCAGUAAAAAUAAAUGUUUUGUAAUACCCGUGGUAAACGUCUCAUAUACCACGGCUGUCAGCCAAUCAGAAUUCAGGGCUCAAACCACCCAGUUCAUAUAACAACAUUGAUCACAUUACUUUUCUCCAAAUUGGAAGCCCCCCAACUCUUCUUAUUGUGCAUAACUGUAAAACUUGGAGAAUGUUGAAUAUUUCUCUACCCCCUGUCCGAUAACAUUUCAUACAUUAUUUGACAUGAGUCAUUGAUUUUCUUUUUUUGCCAUACAAUCAUUUUUAUCACACACAAAAAAACAAACGAAAACAGACACGGCUAACACAGUCAACACCACAAUGUCAUACAAGGAUCUCCAGCACAUGAUGAAUCAAAAACAAGAAAAAGACAAUUGAAUAUACAGAUUUGGUCAAGCCUCUCACCCAUCUCUCACCAACAGCCCGUAGCCAUCUUCUCAAAUAUGCAUCAUUGUUUUUAAAGGAAAGUAUCCUACCCAUGCAGAGUGUAAUCUGAUCUAAACCAAAUGAUUGCUUCCUCACAGAUUGUGGAGCCCACAGAUAUCUUCUGGAAGACGGGCCUUGCCAACCCCCACACCACACAUUGCCUGGGCAGCGGACAGAUUAUGAUCAGCAGCAUGGGAGAUCCAUCUGGCAAUGGCAAGGGUAGGAGGAGACAACAUGCUGCAGUAGGGCGACAGACUUUGUUCUGGGAAAAAGCCUCAUACAAUGUGGGCGACCUAGAAACACUUUCCUUUGUAUCAUACAGAAAAGGAUGUGUGCCUGGAUACAGUGCCUGGAUACAGCCCUUAGCCGUGGUAUAUUGGCCAUAUACCACAAACCCCCGAGGUGCCAAAUUGCUAUUAUAAACUGCUUACAAACGUAAUUAGAACAGUACAAAUAAACGUUUUGUCAUACCCGUGGUAUAUGGUCUGAUAUACCACGGCUUUCAGCCAAUCAGGGCUGGAACCACCCAGUUUAUAAUAAGGGACUAAGAAGGCUCUACAAUCCACCAUGAUAAAGAAUACUGGGCGGGGCAAGGGAGUGUGUCAUUUAGACAAGUUAAUAUUGAUUUGGAUUAGAUGACUGAUGCAGGAUAUGUUUCUCUCAGGUGGCUUUAUCUUGCUGGAUGGUGCAACGUUUGAGGUAGUUGGUAACUGGGAGCUGCCUGGUGAGGCGGCACCCUUUGGUUAUGACUUCUGGUACCAGCCCCGACACAACGUCAUGAUGAGCACCGAAUGGGGAGCGCCCAAAGCCCUCGCCGACGGCUUCAACCUGGAACAUGUCAAAGAAGGUGUGUAAAUAGAGGUGAUAUGUGUGUGUGCAUGUGUUUGUGUGCAUGCGUGUGUUGCAUGCAUGUGUGUUUGUGUUACACUUGUUCAGUAGACAGAACAAGGUUUCAAUGCUGCUGUUGUGUCUGCAGGUCACUAUGGAUCGAAGAUCCACGUGUGGGACUGGACCACUCACAAGCGGCUGCAGUCCCUGGACCUGGGGGAGGAGGGCGCCAUUCCUCUGGAGAUCCGCUUCCUCCAUGAUCCUGCCGCCACGGAGGGCUACGUCGGCUGUGCACUCCAAGGAACUGUCUUCCGUUUCUACAGGACACCGGUGAGGAAAAAGUAGAGAGAAUAGAAUAACAUUUAUGAACUCUCUUGCUUCCUCGCUGUUGUGUUUGGCAUUGUGUCUUAUAAAAAGGUACUGUCUCAACAUUGAAACGUUAUUUUUCUCUGUGCAGAAAGGAGACUGGGCUGCUGAGAAGGUUAUUCAGGUCCCCAGUAAGAAAGUGGAGGGAUGGGCUUUGCCAGUGAUGCCAAGUGAGUGGGUGUGGAAAAUGUUGAUGGGAGAAUACCGCAGAUUAGGGAUACAUUUAACACUUCCAGUGCAUAUUUGGGUGUAGCUACCCAUUCCAUAGUAAAAUGUAUACCUGAAUUUGACGGAUGCUGUGUGAUCUGUUCAUUUCAGGUUUGAUCACAGAUAUUCUGAUCUCCCUGGAUGACCGCUUCCUAUACUUCAGUAACUGGCUGCACGGAGACAUACGACAGUAUGACAUCACAGACAGGAGGAACCCACGUCUGGCUGGCCAGGUGAGAUCACAAGUUUACAACAUGGCUGAUUUUAUUAUCUUAAACCCACAAAACAUUUUUCAUGUAGGUACUUAUGUAACAGAUGUAUAUCGUACUCUCCUUGCGUUGUGUUUUUUCUUAAUAAAUCACAUCAGCCAGUGGUCCCAGUUGAGCAUCAUUUAUUUCUGUUGUUAAAUGGGAAACAGCACGUUAGUUGUGCAGAGCUUAACGAUAUUGAUGGCUGUCGAUGGCAAAAUCCCUUGCAUCACAUUUUCAUACUGGGAAGACCUGACGUUCACGAUCUCCCCCUAGCUGCAAGCGGGGCCAAUCACAACACGCCUUAUUGUCAUCAGAGUUGAACCAACCAAUAAGAAUGCUUGAACAUUAAAUACACAUUUCUUUAGAGGCAAGUGGAAACAUAACCAACCCUGUUACACUUACUUAAAUGAAUCAUCUUCAUCAGUCUGCCAAUGUGAUGCAUACCUGUGUUAGGGUCAAGCAAGUGGCCUCUAACAUUUACAUUUUGGUCAUCUAGCCCAGGGCUUCCCAAACGUUUUCACUCGGGGCCCCCCUUCCAGCAUUCGGGAACAUCCUGCACCACGCGUGCAUGCGCCACGUCUAUUUCUAUGGGCACAAGCACGGUUCAUGACACAAACUGUUCACAGCUCUCUUGUUGGUGGAGAGAAUUUAGCAGGUUUAAAGCGCAUUUCCUGCAAUUCUACACAUUUUGUCAUGGGGUGCAAAGACAAUUUUGCCAUUUUAAACAUUUUGCCAUGUCUAAUGUGUAUAUGUGAUAUUUGAGUGACAAAAAAUUACAACUAUCUAGGGGCUAAAAAAACCUAAAUAAAAAACUGCUAGCUGACAUGGGCUAGUUGAUCUGGACAUUUCUGACAAGGUAUAAAUAGCUCUCUAAGGUAUGCAAUGACUAACAUGACAAAUGGAAAACUGAUGCAUUACCCAAUUUCGCAAUUGCACCUUGUGCAUUAUACCCCGCUCCCCCCCUGCCGAUCCCUUGCGCCCCUCUAGGGGGUGUGCCCCACAGUUUGGGAACCACUGAUCUAGCAGACGCUCUUAUCCAGAACGACUUACAUGCAGUUAAUUCCACUUAAGGUAGCUAGGUAAAACAGUCUCCUGAAAUGAUUGAAGUUGUGCACUGACUGUGUUUAUGUCUCUCUGUGUAUUCAGCUCUUUUUGGGAGGGAGCAUCCUAAACGAUGGCCCUGUCAAAGUACUGGAGGACCCAGAGAAUCAGAGCCAACCACCCCCACGCACAAUCAAGGUGUGUAAGAAUAACAAUCUAUACCCAAACUCAAGCUUCACACACACACUGGCAGAAUGUCUGCAUUAGGACAAAGGCAGGUGUUUAGGUUGCGUUUGUAAGGUGCAGACACCGACUUGUGUGUACAUAUGAUCCACACCAGGGGAAGAGGAUCCCAGGGAGCCCCCAGAUGUUGCAGCUCAGUCUGGAUGGAAAGAGACUGUACGUCACCACCUCUCUCUACAGUGGCUGGGACAAGCAGUUCUACCCGGAAAUGAUCAAGUGAGGACCUGUUUUUAUUUAGUCUUAGAUUUUUUUAGCGCACAUACUUGUGGUCAAUGCACACACAAAAUGUCAGUAACAGGUUUCAGUUGCAUCAAAACGGUUAUUUGUACGCUUUCACUCAAUAUCACGGGCUGCUUCAAUAAGAUAUUUUGAUUGACUUUUGAACACCCAUAGCUAGAAACAUGAUCAUAUGGAAUACUUGACUCUGUUUCUAAUUUGCCCUAGGGAGGGUUCUGUGAUGAUGCAGAUUGACGUGGACACAGCCAAUGGUGGCCUCAAGGUGAACGAGAACUUCCUGGUCGACUUUGGGAAAGAGCCCGACGGCCCGGCCUUGGCCCACGAGCUACGAUACCCUGGGGGAGACUGCACCUCCGACAUCUGGCUGUAG